AUGACUGUGACAUCACUGGCGUAUGCUGCGUCCAAGGUGCUGGAGCAGGAGUGGCGCGACAAGGCCAGGAGGGACCUGGAGGAGUGGCACGUGCGGCAGACCGAGCAGAUGGAGAAGAACCGAGUUAACAACAGGAUUGCUGACAAAGCCUUUUACCAGCAGCCGGACGCCGACGUGAUCGGCUACGUGGCCUCGGAGGAAGCCUUCCUGAGGGAGUGCGAGGAGGAAGACCCCGGCACGGAGUGGGAGAAGGUGGCCCAGCUGUGCGAUUUCAACCCCAAGAGCAGCAAGCAGUGCAAGGACGUGUCGCGGAUGCGCUCCGUGCUCAUCUCCCUCAAGCAGACACCCCUGUCCCGCUAGCUGCUCCC